AUGUGUGCAGACGCCACGAACCCGCUGCCCCGGCCACCCGGUACCACUGGCCCACUGAGGACGUCAGUGAACCUGCCGGCUAGAGAAGACGGCCACGACGAGGACCCCGCUGGGUUCGAAGAGAUCAACAGCGAGCGCCGGUGGGUGCUCGUCAAGGGGCUCUUGAACGACUGGACUACUGACGAGGCGCUCCAAUGUCUCAUUAGGGCAUUCCUAGGGGCGCUCGGAAGCCAGAUUAUGACAGUUCCACCACGGGGCCUCUUUGACAUUGUCAGCGUCGACGUCGAGUGGCACGUGGAUUCCAAGGUGGCGCGUGUCCGCUUUGCCACGCCGUUGGGGGUGAAGCUGGCUUGGGAGCUUAGCCACGUACGUUGCGGGCUGCGCACAAGCAUCGCGUUCACGCCCGCGGUUGUGGGAGCUCAAUGUCAUCUUCGGGAAGCCCUGUCGAGACCGCCGAAGCCCCCCCGCCCGAGGAAGUCGCCAGCCAGAGGGGUUUAG